AUUAUUUUUAUUUGUACUAUCAGGUCGUCUGUGGUGCAUCUUCAUGAAUGUCUUCAUCGUUGCCAGGGCGACCAAAGGGGGCUGACCCCGGCCACGUGACAAAUCGCAGCCUCGCCGCACCGCUGUCGUUGUCUUGCGUGGUGUGUGUCUGCAUGUCUGCUGCCUCUCGUGCAGUCUGGUUGUGGUCGAGCUGCGCAUACGACAAAGCCUAACGACCGGGCGGAGAGGCGUUGGAGACGGGCAGCUUUGUUCGGGUAUGAAACAUGGAGCUCUCGGCAGUGGGAGAUCGCAUUUUUGCCGCGGAAGCGAUACUGAAACGCCGCGUUCGUAAGGGAAAACUUGAAUAUCUGGUCAAAUGGAAGGGAUGGGCCAUGAAGCACAGCACUUGGGAGCCAGAGGAGAACAUCCUGGAUGACCGGCUCAUUUUGGGCUUUGAGCAGAAGGAGCGGGAAAGAGAAAUACAUGGUCCAAAGAAACGUGGACCAAAACCCAAAACUUCGGGCAUGAAGGGUCGUCCCCCGAAGAGUGACUCCAGCAGCUCAAGCAGCCGUCAGACCACGCCACACCCCUCCAACUCCACCCGAACCGCUCCGUCCUCUGCCUCGUCUCCCCAUCUGCUUUCCUCGUCCUCCUCUUCCUCAACUGCAGCCCCCUCCCCUAAGCUUAACUCUCUGGCCGCCACCCACAAGCUAAAGAAAGACAUUCACCGCUGCCACCGAAUGUCCAGGCGCCCCCUUCCCCGUUCAGACCCCAUGGCGUCCUCCUACACCAGCGCAGGGGGGUUCCCCUCGCGCAUGCACGUCUCCCCGUUCUCGGAGACUGUCCGCAUCCUCAACCGCAGGGUCAAACCGCGGGAGGUCAAGAGAGGCCGAAUUAUCCUCAACUUGAAGGUCAUUGACAAGCCAGGUAGGGGCGGCUCUGCCGCAGGAAGCAGGAGCUCAGCAGCCGGGCGCCAAAACAUUCCUUCUCGCAACCGCAUCAUUGGUAAGAAGGGAGAGGCCCCCUACAGACCCUUCCAGCCCCCGUUGAAGAUGUUGGGGUUCCCCAUGUACGGCAAGCCGUUCGGGCUGCAGUGUGGAGGGCCUGUGCCUUUUCACCCCCACCCUGGAUCGUGCUCCAGCACGGGGACGAGGGGCAGCAACAGCGCCUCCUCCCAUUACCCGUCGCCUCCUUCCCCCUCCAGCUCCAGUGGGUCCGGGGAAAAAUCCCCCACCGGUGCAACAGCUGCAAAGUCUCAACCUGCCACCCAAGAUGCCCCCGCCAGCAAGGACAGCAGCACUUCAGCCGCAGUGAGUCAGUCUGCUCCCACCUCUUCUACAGAUCCUGCAGCUUCAGCAGCGACCUCCCUCCCUUCAUCCCCGUCCUCAUCCUUAGAUGAAGAUCCGGGUGCUGAGGAUCGUUCAGUCCCAGCAGAAGGAGCUAAAACAGAUCCCUGCCAGCGCAGAGCCAAACCCCCGCCACCCAGUGCAGCCCCCUCCAUCCCGGCAGGGGAUCAAACAUCUGCCCCCACCGAACCCCCGAGAGUGCCUGCUGAAGGGGACACAGACUGGCACCCCGAGAUGGCGCCCAGCUGCAAAGACGUGGUGGUCACAGACGUGACCACCAACCUCGUCACGGUCACCAUCAAAGAGUUCCCCACCCCUGCGUCUGGGCCCGCCUCGCCAUCUGACAGCCCCCAAGACGCCUCCUCUCCCCCCCAUGUGACCAGUUCAGAAGAGCCCAGCGCCACUAAGCCAUAAGAGAUGAAAAUGAAGUAGAUUGCCAUUCAAUUCAAAGGAAAACAUGCCACACUAGCUCCAUGCUGACACACCUGCAGGGCUUCGUCCAUGCUUGUGAAACGGUUAAUGUCAUGUCAAACAGCACCGCCCAGCUAUGUAAUAGGAAAGCAUAUUUUUUUAAGAGAAAUGUAUAAAUUAUACCCUUGCUGCCAUUGAAAUUGCCAUAAUUUAUCAACUUGCAUGGCAUUGACUCUUAGGAUACUGAUGGAAGUGAUAGUUUGACGCCUUUGACUCCUCCCACCAGUGAUUUCUGCCGCGUGGGGCUAAACUUUCAUCAAGCAAACUCACUUCUUAGAUGUGUACCUGUGCGUAGAUUUUUACUGUAGCUUUGUUAUUUUAUUGGCAUUGUGACUAUGAAAGUUCAGCUUGAUCUCGCUAAAGGAAACGUGUUUUUGCUUCUUAAAUUGUGGAACUCUUCGGUAUCAACAAGUUUAAUUUAACGACUGCCUCAAAAUCUUGUUUAUCGUCGUACUUUAUUUUUUAAGGCCUUCCUUAUUCUUGUAAACGCACAAGCAUAUACUUACAGUAAAUAUGUAUUUAUGUGCAUGCACAACCUCAAAAGCUGCGAAAGAACAUGCUAGAAAUAGUUUUUAGGUGGUUGCUCUCGGUCCUUUAUCCCCACUGCCUUUAACUCCGUCAUGCUCACCAUGGCCCAGGAGCCACGGAUUGAAGUUGGGCCAAAGCUGAUACGUUGAUGUUGUGGGUCGGUAACACAGGAUUCCUUUGUCUUCGCCUCUUCAAAUCAGCUGCAAAAUUCAUUGCCUUAUCUUCAAGUUUGGCCAAUAAAACACGCCACUUUUCUGACUUCUAAUAUGUACGGCUUUCUAAGUUUUCUCUUUUUUCUAUUGUCGGAUGGUAAAUAUCUUCACUUGCUUGUAUAACUUUUUCUAGUUGCUGUGAAGGGCUUUUUAUCGUGUGUUUCCUCAUACGGACGUGUGAACUCAUACUCGGAGUGAUUUAUGUUGUAUUCUGGAGAUCAAACUACCAAUCUGAACUUCUGAAGCUGUCAGCUGCGUCUACCCCCUCAUCAAUAAAUUCGGUGUUUUGUGGCAUCGCUCUUUGUAACUUGUUGCAACGUCUAGGGCUCGUGCGUUAUCUCUAGGUCAGAUCUUUUCUCCUGUGUCAUGAACUUUAAAUGGAAAUUGGCUAUCCAUGUCAGUCAGAGAAGAACCUAAUGCUACGUCAACACCGCCAUUGGCAAUGCGCCUUCAAGCUUUUCCAAUGAAAAGUCUAUGUGAAUGUGUAUAUGCACAUUUUGAGCUCACGAAUUUGAAUUUUAACCAAUCAGGGACUUGGAUUUGGUAGUGACUAUGGGUAGUGUCCAUUUCAAUACGCAAUCAUGGUCUUCAAAUUAAUAAUUGUGGGUGGUGCCCGGCCAGAGUUAUAUGACCCUCUUUCAUAUAUCAGAAUAGGGCUAUGAAAGUAAUAGCCUGGAUCAAGGUUCAUAACAUUUGCAUCGAGUCAACAUUUCUCACCAAGCCUCUUCCAACUAUAGGUACAUAAACGCGCAUCAGAUGUCUGGUGUGUACGUAGCAUAAGGCCGAACUGUGCUCUCGUAUUUGGACUAAUGUGUUUGCAAAUGAACAGGCGAGUUUGGUGGAAGGAUUUAGUUCGUUGGACAAUAUUGUAUUAAAAGUUGCUUCUGAAUAGGCCUUAAAUACUGUAGCAGCAACUUCAGAUGAGCAGCAACUCAUGGAAUGUUGGGUAAUAUUCGAAUAAGCUAACUUGCUGCUUUGUAGCCGUGUUUGUAGGAAAGACAAGGACGGUGGUUGCUUCGUGGAAUGAAAUUAAUAAUGUACAGUUUAGCUCCUUUAAAAAUAUAUCUCUCUACAAGGGUUUAGACCAGGGAUAGGCAACUCCAGGCCUCGAGGGCCACAUUCCUGUAUGUUUCCCAACAUAUCCCGUUCUUGCAUGUUUUAAUUGGGUGGACACUUGAACCAGGUAAUCAGUCACGAGUAGGACUUGUAAAUCUGGAAAUCAUGCAGACACUGCGGCCCUCGAGGCCUGGAGUUGCCUAUCCCUGGUGUCAUACCUCUUCAAGCAUUGGUUUUUAUCCAUUUUUGUUGGGUUCUUCCUGCUGUUUUAGUCAUAAGUUAGAGCAUUGCCAGAGGCAUUGCACCCUCACCUAUCCAUUAACAGAAGCAGCAACCACACAUUCAAACUUGUCCUCUUAUACUGUAGUGGAGAGUUUUUAGUCAUUCUGUCAGUGGUAGCUCUCGUUUCCUUGGAUCAUGUUGCAUAACCUGAAGUUUUUUUUUUUUUUCUCCCGCCAUACCAAACUGUUGCAGUCUGACGUAGAAGGAGUGGUAUAGUGUCUUUUAGGAACAUUGACCGUAGUAUUGAAUGUUUUACAUGUGAAUUUUAAUGUAGAGCUGCAGACUCCUGUUUAAAGAUUGCCUUAUAACCUUUCAACAAUGAUCAAGCAGCACUUCCUUCUCUCUCCCUGGUCCUUGCUGUCACAUGUGAAUGCCACAGAUCAGCAAACUACCAAAACCUGAGGCUGCUCUCCUUUAAGCCGCACUGAAGUAGCAUGAAGUGGACUUUUUUUUAUUGCGUUGUUUUGUCACAUGAUGGUGACAGUGCAAUAUCUCAUUUGUUCAUUGGAGGUUGUGUUUGUCUGACUUGUAAGACUCCGUCGUAACUGAAUGGUUUUCAAUGACGUCCUAUUUUUUAAUCAUUGUUUUUACAUCGUCUUUUUCUGUCUGUUCAAUCUGACAGAUUGAUCUUUCUAUUAACUUCCUGUUUUUAUCCAAAUACCUGUUGGAGUAGACAUUGGGCUCUUUUGUUACAUCUUUCUAGUAUUGACAGUAUGAGAACUGGACUGAUAGAAAAUGACUUACUUCCAGUAACCUUUUUUUUUGGCAAUAUAAAUGUCAUAUCAGAUGAUGCUAGUAAGCAGUGAUUGGUCCAAAUUGGUCUCAGUUAUUGUUUCUAUGGCAGCCGCUUUUGCCAAUCUGGAGUGAGCUGUUACCACACCACACCCCUACCAUUUGGGUUUGGGAGUAUCUGGCUAUGUCCUCGUUCCUUCCCUACUCACUAUAUCGUGUGUUUGCCAUUUUCUAGUGCUAUCCGAUCGACUAAUUCCAAAACCGAGUUCACUAGAAAUUUGUUAGAAGUCUUUGCGAAAAAAAUAGCGUUCAUCGAUGCUCUCUACAUUUGCAAAUAUAGACCACAAUGCAUUGAGGUCGAGCAAUUUUUGUGAAAAAAAACAUUUAAAUGUAAUUUUUUAAACAAACUAUCCAGAUUUUCAUCAUCAGACGACAGUGGAGUCAUACAUAAAUGUUAUGAAAUGUUCAUAUUUACUCAAUUUUCUCUUCGUGAAAUCGGCGACGUCAUAUCCGACGUUUAGAAAAACGAAAGAAAAGCAGUGAGCAUCGAGUUAGAAUUGCUUUUAAAAUCCAGGGUACUGUAUAGCUCCGCAAUUGGGACAUAGCCUCUGUCAAACGUUUUGAACUUUCAACGUGAAAACCCUUUUAUCAAGGCAUCUGGUUGGCCAGUUAAUAAUUUGAAUAACUUGCAAUAAAGAAAAUAUGAUGAAAAAUACAGUGACUGAGUAAUAGUUGUUUAUUUUUCAAUAGAAGUCUAUGGGAUUUUGCCUUCUUGGAGCCAGCGGGUAUUUUCUGUUUGGAACGCAAGGUGGGAGGAGUCACUCAGUCCAGUUCUCAUCUACAAUAGUGCUAGUUUUAAGUGGAAUCAUUAGUCGUGUGAGCCUUGUUUAAAAAUUAUGCUUGAUCUUGAAAAGUUUGAAGAUUGACUCCACUCCUUUUGUGUCCUGGACCGUGAACCUCUUUGAGGCACUUUGAGGGGGAUCAAAGCUUUUUUUUACUUGUUUUUUAGAAGCACUUGAAAGAAACAUGCCAUUUCAAACAUGUAUUUCAUCAUUCAUAUCUUUUUCUGAUCCUAUCUGCCCUUCAGGACCUUCCUUGUCCAGGACUCUGAUAUUCCUCCGCAUGUGUUGCCUCAUAGCUUUCUUUAAACCUUCUUAUGUAACGGUUUUUUUUUACGGUCACAUAAAAAGUACUUUUCUGUGUACAUUUCAUCUUUUCCCAACUUGUCACUGCAUCUUUUUUCCAGAACUGUUUCAUGGCUUUGAUAGGUAGUGCUUCAGCGAUCAUAAAGGUUAAACGUGGAAGGAUUUAUUCUGAAACUACACAUCCAUUUAUCAAAGAGAACGAUCCGUUUCAAAGUUACAGGAAGGCAUUUUCUAAAAAUAGUUCCAAGUCUUCCCCUUGAAUGGAGGUAUCACUUUCCUCUCCAGAAUGGAUAUGUAUUUGUUUGGAAUAGGUUCUUUUUUCUAUGUGUCAUGUCAGUAACAUGAUUAGGUAGUGGUAAGUGACACUAACCGUUAGACGUGUUAGAUAUCGGGCUUCUGUAAGGCUGUUUUAUUGUUUUUCUUCUGAGGUAGCACACCCCGACUUAGUGUCUUGUAUUUCAACCAAAUAGGGCUCUUGAUUUUUCACCUUUCUGCCCUUUGAAGUUAUUUUGCAUACAAUAUAUUUGUGUAGUAGUUUGUAAGUGCUAGAUUGAUUUGGCACUGAUUGAAUAAAAGGAAGGAUCCCUGUAUCGUUGUACAGAUAAAUAUGCUGAGAUAAUAAUGCCUUUUGUUUUUAAAGCUCAUUUUUCUUGUUUGUACUGUAAUACUUUUUAAAAUAUGCAUAAUGAUUUCAAUGUAAUGCAUUUUUAUUGUAAUGCAAUGUUUUUGUUUGUUUUGUAAUUGGGUUUGAGCAAAAGAAACUUGUGUUUUGUUUUUUUUUCUGCUCCUAUGAAUUCUUUCUAGUGAAUCGAUGGUGAUGAUGAAGAUGUGGAGGAUUAAGACAUUGUAAUGUAUUUGAACUUCUGAAGCAUGUUUGGCAAACCCUUACUGUAAAAAUGAUGUAUUCAGUGUCAUGUUACCUGUUACUGUUGUUUUCUGUGAUUCUUGUACAAGGCUUUUAUUAAAAGCACUUUAAAAAGCUU